AUGGCGCGAGAUCUUAUGAGCAGUGAUGGAUCUGAAAGUGAAGACGGCGGCGGAGAUGUGCAAUCCAGCGACCUCAGAGUCAACGAGUCCUUUGCCCGUCGAUUUGAGCAUAACAAGAAGCGGGAAGAGUUGCAACGCUUGCAAGAGAAACUCGGCAAAACCUCACGCAAACGUAAACGAGACGACGAAGCGGGCAGCGAAGACGAUUCAACUGAUGAGUCCACAAGCGAGUCAGAAGAUGAAGGAGAACUGGUAACAGAGGUUCUUGACUCUGAAAUAGUGGCCACAAUCAACGCCAUCCGGUCGAAAGAUCCCCGAGUCUACGACCCGUCCGCAAAAUUCUACUCCGAAACGUCCGAGUCCCAGCAAGGCGAUUCAAGGCGAAAGAAGGAGAAGCCAAUGCAUCUCCAAGACUACCAUCGACAAAAUCUACUGAACGGAAAUGCUGAUGCAGGAGAGACGGAGGAUGCUCCAUUGACCUACAAUCAGGAGCAGGAACAACUUAAAAAGUCAAUCAUUGGAGAGAUCAACGCUACCGCGGAGGAGUCAGAGUCCGAUGACGAGGAAGAAGAUGCCACCAUAGACGACAAGUUCCUGGUAGCAAAACACCGCGAAAAACCAGCAAAACAACAACAGGUCAAACUUGAUGUCGACAAUGCCGAUAAAGACCCGGAGACCUACCUGUCGAACUUCAUGGUCUCUCGGGCCUGGGUGGCUGCUAAUUUAAACCUGCAUCCAUUCGAAUCCGACGACGAUGAAGAAGACAAGCGAGCCGAAGAAUUCGAAGAAGCAUACAAUCUCAGAUUCGAAGAUCCCGCCAAAUCGAACGAGAAAUUGCGCUCCCAUGCUAGAGAUGUGGCCGCAAAGUACUCUGUAAGGAGAGACGAAGCCAACCCCAGGCAAAAGAAGCGAGAAGCUGAAAAAGCUGUCAAAGAGGCCGAGAAGCAGCAGCGAAAAGAGGAGAAAGCUCGCCUGCGAAAGCUAAAGAUCGAACAGCUCGAGGAGAAGGUACGCAAGAUCAAACGUGCGGCCGGAGUGAGCACCAAAGACAUUCAACCAGAAGAUUGGUCACAUUUCGUCGAUGAUGAAUGGGACGAUGCGAGGUGGGAACAAGAGAUGCAGAAGCGUUUCGGCGACGACUAUUAUGCGCAGCAGGACGUCGGAACAGAAGAGGAAACCACAGAGGGAAAGAGUAAAGUCCGCAAGCCAAAGUUCGACGACGACAUUGACAUCAAGGAUAUUAUCCCUGAGUUCGAAGCGGAAGAAAAAGCCGAAUUCAGCCUGACAGAUGAGGAUCAGCCUGCGAAAAAGAAGAAAAAGGCGAACAAGAUGAAGGAUGAUAAGAAGCGGGAUGCGAAGAAAGAGCGGAGAAUCAUCGAACAAUUGGUGGAUGAUCAACUUCAAAUGGAACUCGAGAGUUCUCUGCCACAGAAAACCGCCUUCAGAUAUCGCGAGUCGUCACCAAAAAGUUUUGGCCUGAGUGCGAGGGACAUACUACUGGCUGACGACAAGCAGCUGAAUGAAUUUGCAGGACUAAAGAAGCUUGCAUCCUUUCGAGACGCAGAAAAGAAGCGCAAAGAUCAGAAGCAUCUGGGCAAGAAAGCGAGGCUGAGGAAGUGGCGCCUUGACACCUUUGGCAAUGAGGAAGGACUGCAGGCCAGUGAACUGAUACCCUCGAAAUCUGAGGAGAGGACGGAGCCAGAUGGACAGAAUGACGCAUCAAACAUUAUCACGAAAGGAAAGAAGAAGAGAAGAAGGAGCAAGAAGAACAAGGUUGAGGCUGUCGAUGAGGCUUGA